AUGGCGCUGAGUUGUAAAAACCGCAGCUGGAGCCUGUGCCUGUGCAAUAACAUCUAUGAGUGGAACAACAGGAGAUGCAAAGCAGUAUAUUGUCCCGAUGAUGACAGCUCCCCGCUGCCACUCUUUCCUAUCAACUUGUUGUAUUUUCGUGAUCAAAAGUGCCAGUGUAAUAUUGAACUUGCGGUCAAAUCUAGCGCGCCUCUUUGGUAA